AUGAGCCGGAUGGAGCAGCGCAGGGUGCAGCGGGAGUCCAGCCGGAGGGUUUUCACCAGGGGGAACGCUGCAGCAGGAACAAACCUCUCCUUGUUCUCUCUGUCCCAGCAGCGGGAGCAGCAGGAUAAAGCAGCAGAAAUGGGACACCGCUUCCCAGGGAGGGCAGUUCCAAAUCCAGGCUUUGAGCGGGAGAUGACGUGCAGGACCUGGGGUCAGUACAACUUUGAGACCUUUGACGGCCUCUACUACUACUUCCCCGGCCGAUGUACGUACACUCUGCUGCGGGACUGCGAGGAAACCACCCAGGCCAGCAUCGUCGUCCAGGUCCACAAUGACCCAGGCUGUAGCUCCGCCCCCUACACCUGCCAACGAUCUGUCAGCCUCUUCCUCCCAUGGGAAGGUGAAGUUCGGCUGCACGCCACCAACGUGACCUUCAAAGGCCAAAGUCUGCAGCUGCCUCACCACAUCCAUGACCUGCAGCUGGAGCAGAUCUCGCAGUAUGUCCUGGUGACGCAGCAGCACGGCUUCACGCUGGCCUGGGAGGGACGCAGCGGCUCCGUCUACAUCAAACUCAGCCCAGAGUUCGUGGGAAGAACCUGCGGCCUGUGUGGGAACUUCAACGCUGACGUCCAGGACGACCUGAAGACGAGUUACGGUGUGCUGACUCAUGACAUCGAAAUGUUUGGGAAUAGCUGGGUGGAGGUGGAGCCACACGAGGCCCGAUGUCCCACGGUGCCUUCGGACUUCCCUUCACCCUGUGCUGCAGUCGAUGCUCAUGUCCUGUUGAAAGUGGAGGAGGUGUGUGCAAUGCUGCUGGAUCCACCGUUUCAGAGCUGCCACGACUUUGUCAGCCCACUGUCCUACAUGGCCAGCUGCUCCAACGACCUCUGCAUGUCGGGUCCCAACGGUGAUGUGGUAUGCCAGGUGUUCAGUGAGUAUGCCCGGGCCUGCGCCCACGCUGACCACCCACUGCACGACUGGAGGCAGCACAUUCCUCACUGUGCAAAGCAGUGUUCCUCAGGUCUGCAGUACAGGGAAUGCAUCAGCUGCUGCCCGGCGUCCUGCAACCUCGAGCGAACUUGCAUCGACAGCAAGCUGGCCUGCCUGGAUGGAUGCUACUGUCCGGAUGGCCUGAUCUAUGAGGACGGAGGCUGUGUGACGCCCUCUGACUGUCCCUGUGAGUACCACGGCAUGUUUUAUCCAUCCGGACAGACGCUGCAGGAGGAAUGCAACAACUGCACAUGUGUGGGUGGAGUGUGGGACUGCACCGACUACAGCUGCCCAGGCGAGUGCUCUGUGACUGGCGAUAUGUAUUUUCAAUCCUUUGACGGGCGGAUCUACACCUUCCCUGCAACAUGUCAGUAUGUCCUCGCCAAAAGUCGCAACUCCGGGAAGUUCACAGUCACCAUCCAGAACGCCCCCUGUGGAGCCAAUUUGGAUGGGGCCUGCAUCCAGUCAGUUAACCUGGUUAUUGACGAGGAUCCAAGAACGGAGAUCACACUGAGCCACGUUGGAGAGGUCUUCAUGGCCGGACAGUACCGCAUCUCCCUACCGUACUCUGAUGACAUAUUCCACAUCCAGGAGCUGUCGUCCAUGUUCCUCCAGGUGAAGACGGCGUUCGGCCUGCGUCUGCAGUACAGCUGGAAGGAGUUUCGCCUCUACCUGCAGGCUAACGAGCUGUGGAAGGACGACACGGUGGGCCUCUGCGGCACCUUCAACGGCAACAUUCAAGAUGACUUCCUAUCUCCGUCAGGUAUGAUAGAAAACACUCCUCAGCUGUUUGGAAACGCCUGGAGAGUCUCGUCAGCCUGUUCACCCAGCCUGAGUACGCCUCAGCUCGACCCCUGUGACACACACCAGCAGGCCGUGACCUAUGCCUCAGAAAUGUGUGACGUGCUGAACCAGGAUCUGUUCUCUGCCUGCCAUGAGUACCUCAGUCCCACAUCCUUCCAUCAGCAGUGUCGCUCAGACACCUGUAAGUGCGGGACGCCUUGCCUGUGCUCAGCGCUGGCCCACUACGCUCACCACUGCCGCAGAUUCUCUGUCAUCAUUGACUUUCGAUCGCAGAUACCCGACUGUGCGGUCACCUGUCCUGCCACCAUGCAGUAUGGCACCUGUGUGUCGUCCUGCCAGCGCCGCUGCUCCGCCCUCUCCGUCCCGCAGCACUGUGGGGAGGAGUGUGAGGAGGGUUGCGUUUGCCCUCUGGGGUCCUUCUACAACCAUCGAACACACACCUGUGUGCACAGGAGCGAGUGUCCCUGCAGUUUCCUCGGAGUAGAUUAUGAACCCGGAGAUGUGAUCAUGACGUCAGCAGGUGUUCAACUCUGUCUGGGCGGCAAACUGGUGUCCCAAACAACAGACAGUAACAGGUUGUGUCCAGCUGGUCAGCUCUACCAGAACUGCUCAGAGGGGGACGAUGGCCUCCUGCCGGGAAGGGGCGUGGCCUGCGAACGCACCUGUGAAUCCUACUUGCUCAACCUCACCUGCUCGACACAUGAGCCCUGCGUGGCCGGAUGCACCUGCCCCCCUGGUUUGCUGAAACAUGGAGACGAAUGCUUUGAACCUGCAUCCUGCCCCUGUUUAUGGAAAGGAAAGGAAUAUUACCCCGGCGACAGAGUCUCCUCCCCCUGCCAUCAGUGUGUUUGCCAGCAUGGGACGUUCCAGUGUGUGUUUCAUCCGUGUCCAUCCAUGUGCAUGGCUUACGGCGAUCGCCACUACAGGACGUUUGAUGGGCUGCUGUUCGACUACGUUGGUGCAUGCAAAGUCUAUCUUGUAAAGAGCAGCACUGAUGUGAUGCUCAGUGUGGCGGCUGAGAACGUCGACUGUUUUGACAGCGGAGUCAUCUGCAGGAAAUCUCUGCUGAUCAACAUCGGCAGAUCCUUCAUGGCAUUCGAUGAUAACACUGGGAAGCCAAAUCCAUCCAGUGUGAUUGACAGGAAGCAGAGGAUGUUCAUCUGGCCGGCCGGAUACUUCACAGUGAUUCAUUUCCCCGAGGAAGACGUCACCGUCCUCUGGGACCGCAAGACCACUGUCCACAUCCAGGUCGGACCUCGCUGGCAGGGGAAGCUAAGUGGGCUCUGCGGGAACUUUGACAUGAAGACGGUGAACGAGAUGAGGACACCCGACAACAUCGACUCACCAACUCCACAGGAGUUUGGAAACAGCUGGACUGCAGCAGAGUGUGUGAACAGUCCAGAUAUCAGACACCCCUGCAGCCUCAGUCCGCUCAGGGAGCCUUUUGCAAAGCGUCAGUGUGCCGUCCUGCUCAGUGAGGUCUUCCAGGGCUGCCACCCAGUGGUGGAUGUUACCUGGUUCUAUAUGAACUGCCUGGCAGACACGUGUGCCUGCGGUCGUGGAGGCGACUGUGAAUGUUUCUGCACCAGCGUGGCGGCGUACGCCCAGCGCUGCUGCCAUCAGGGAGUUCCCGUCGACUGGCGCUCCCCAUCUCUGUGCCCGUAUGAUUGUGAAUUCUACAACAAAGUUCUGGGUAAAGGUCCCUUCAGGCUGAUCACCUUCAGGGAUCGGACGACGCUGUUGGCAGCCGGCAGGUCCAGUGGCUCAGUGUUCCUGCUGCGGGGAAACCUCAGCACCACCGCAGCUCCUGGAGUCCUCUCGCAGUUCAUGAUGACGCCGGGCCUCAGCAGAGCCCGACCGCACGACACGUCACGGGUUUCCUUUGAGGCAGCCGACAGACCAAACUACUUCCUGUAUGCGAGCCCCGGCGGCCAGGUGAGGCUGGCCAAGUGGGAGGAGAGCGAGGCAUUCUGGGACGGGGCCACCUUCGUCCUUCACAGGAACACCUGGGUCUCCGGCUACGACUCCCUGGAGUCCCACGCAAAACCCGGCUUCUUCCUGCACGCCACCCUGCCCCGCCUCCACCUGCUCAAAUACAGACACACCGACCGCUUCCGCAAAGCCACGCUGUUCAGACUGACGGGCCCCAGCCCAGACGCCCCACCUGGUCCUCGGUGUCAGUGGAGGUACGAUUCUUGCGUCAUCCCCUGCUUCAAGACCUGCAGCGACCCGUCAGCCGAAGCCUGCAUCACCAUCCCACAGGUGGAGGGCUGCCUUCCUGUCUGCCCCCCUCACAUGGUCCUGGAUGAAGUCACCCGUCGGUGUGUCUAUGUUGAAGACUGCAUUAAGGCCCCAGUUGCUGUGCAGCCUGUAACACCGUCCACUGCUCAGCUGACCUCGGCAGCUGUCACUUCUGCAACCAUCACAAGCACGGCUGCUUCCACCGCCCCCCUCAAGACCACCACUGCGGCCUCCACCCCUCCACACACUGGUCCCACCACUAAAAUCACCACCACUGUUCCUCAAAUGAGCACACAGACAAUCUCAUCGCCACCCGCCCCUGAUGAGCCAACCCGUCCAGUCACUGUCUCUCCGUCUUCUGCUGCUGAAGGACCCCCAUCUUCUCCAACAGCACCCCCUACUGUCAAGCCAGAGGUGGUAGAGCCGCUGUCAACUCUCAGAGUCACUGAAGCCCCGCCCAGCACUGUAACAGGCACAACACCAUGGACGACCAGAGCCGUGAGCUCAACUGGCAGCCCGUUUAGCCCCAGCACUACCAGGGCGACCAGCACUCCCUUCGCCAUCACAGCUCUGUUCUGGCUCAUCUCGUCCACCAAGCCCACUGACUUCCUGCUGCCGCUCUCCACCACCACUACCGUGACCCUGCAGCCAUCUACCACCGCAGCACCGAUCACAACCUCUGCUGAAGGGCCAACCACCAUCAGUACUCCUCCUCAUGCAGUCGUGCACCCAGCUAAAGACACAACAGUGGCCACGACACAUUCAGCAGCAGUAACUCCAGCUGUAACCUCUUCUAGUCCGAGUCCCGCUCCACUCUCAGAGACGUCUAUAGUUACAGACAGGAUUACUGUUACCAGUACAGCUACCACAACAUUCACAGAAACCAGCACAAAGCCUGUAACAGUGGAGCGACUUCCCGCAAAAACAACUACACCCAUCCCUCCUGCUUUACCGAGCACAGCCUCCACAACCUCACCACCUCUCCCGACCUCACCUCCUGUCCAAACAGGAACUGUGUCUUUGCCCACAGUCACUUCAGCUAAAUCCACAGAAUCAGUCACACCAGUUGCACCUUUCACCACCAGUAAAACUACACCGUACAUAAGUCCAGAGACACCACCACCCGCUACCACAGAGAAGACUCUGCACAUCACUCCAACUCAACUGAAGGUUUCUACAACAACUGCUCCUGAGUUACCAACGUCAACCCCAAUCCAUGUUGAACUGACUACAACUGUACCGUCGGCUCCAACCUCUGCUACGACAGACGGGACAACAGCAACAAAGAAAGUGACGAUACUUGAGUCCAUGGUGUCUGAAAUACCUGUAGCUACCACAACAAUGGCUACACCUCCACCUCUGAAGAUUACAGACACCACAACUUCUCCUGCAUCCACCUCCACAGCCUAUUCUGAGAGAACCUCCUGGUCUGCUGCCGUCCCAACAACAGAGAAAACCACAACCAUAACUUCAAGACCUCCAAAGGUUCCAGAAACAUCCGCUGUCUCCACAGGUUCGCCUGUCACAACAAAACAAACUGUUCUGCCAGUUUCUUUUGCAGAAACAACGACCGCACCACUUUUACCAACAACAGAGACCCAUCCUGUACCUGCAGUGCAGACCUCCGAACCCCAUCUGGAGACCUCCUCCACCCUGGUCUACAGCCCCACAGUGAAGACUACACCAGAGGUUGCCUCUGAAACUCUCGUCCAUGAUGUCACUACCACUAAAACUACUGAAGCGCCUCAUCUUCCUGGAACAUCAAAGCCGAUCGUCACCUCUUUGACAUCAGCUGUUGCCACUCCUGUCAAAACAACAUCUCCUGAAAUGUCAACUGUAGAAAUUGCAGCCACUACAACCAUGAAACUAGUUACACCUCCACCAUCACCUGCGCCUGGUAUUCCUGAGACACCUCCCACCAUGGUCUCCACAAAAGCUCCACCAGGUGUUGUUACCACCACUCUCAGACCCGUCAUUCUACAGCCGAUUACAGAGACGACCCAUCCAAUGACUGGCAGAGUGGAGGCGUCAACGAGAGCUACAACCACGGCGCCUCCGUCUUCGUCCCCACUGCACACAACUACUUCCACCGCAGCUCCAAGGCCAACAACUGUCCCGGACAAAGUCACCACCCGGCUGGUGUCCACUGCAAGAGCUACGCCAACUACAACAACUACCGCCAUCAGAACGACACCUAGAGUUCCCAUGACAACAAGAGUUACCCCCAGAAUCACGUCGACUCAGAGGCCAACCAUCAGGCCAAUCACCGCAAGGGUUACCAUAGCAACAAGGCCCCCAACAGUAACCAUCAGGUCAACCUCCCUCCGCCCACCGACUGUCACACCAAGCCCUGGCACAACAACCAUGUCAGGAGCGCCAUCUACAACCAUCGCAACAUCUGCCGAGUCCGUCACGACAGCGAGCGUGACCGAACGUGCCGACACAAUCGCAGCAGUUCCCCACCUGACCACCAUAACUGCUCCAGCACCUGUCCCUGCUCUAACAACAGUCACAGCAUCUACAGCUGUCCCCAUGACAACCACCAGAGAGUCAGUCACAUCUGAGAAAACUCUGACAACGAAAGAGACUGAUGUGUCACCAUCCACAUCCCAAGAAGUGACGCCUCCACCUGAUACACCGACCUCCACCCAGAGGCCCGCUGUUCCCACUCCCACUACGACAGCACUCCCAGCAUCCAGCCCGGUCCAAACGACUGAGCGGGACAGAGUCGAUCAUACGAGUCCAGGUGCAACCACACCUCCUCCACCGUCAUCGCCUUACACAAUUUUGCCUCCGUAUGCAGAGAUCGUUGAUGAGUGCACGAAGUACAUCUGCGUCAACAACCAGCUAGUCCUGUUCAACAAAUCCCAGAGCUGCCCUUUCACCUCCGAGCCUCCCAACUGUGGCCUGCUCGGCUUUGCCAUACUGGUCAAUGGAGACAAGUGCUGCCCUCAGUGGGACUGUCCAUGUCGCUGCUCGAUGUUUCCAGAUCUGAACGUGAUCACAUUUGACGGGAACAGCGUUGCCAUCUACAAGGCUGCCACGUACAUAGUGGCCCAGCUGCCCAAUGAGACCGUCAGCGUCCUGAUUCAGGAGUGUCCUGCUGACUCUGAGUCACCACUCCUCUGGAAUUUCACCAACUUGUGUCUGGUGGCGCUCAACAUCACCCACAAAUCUAACCACAUCAUCAUCAACAGGCUGCAGAGGAGGCUCUACAUCAACUCUCGGUAUGCCAAGCCAAGAUUCAAGAAGUUUGGCUUUGAGAUCUAUGACACGGGUAACAUGUACCUGAUCCGCAGCCCUGCUGGUCUCAAGCUGCAGUGGUACCACAGCACCGGCAUGAUGGUGAUAGACAGCUCCAGCAACAAGCUCCCCACCAUGGGUCUCUGCGGUUUCUGUGAUGGAGACCCAACAAAUGACCUGACUUUGGCCAACGGCACCACAGUGGGUGAAAGUGAGGAUCCGGCUAUUUUCAUCGACAGCUGGCAGGUUCCCAACACCACCAGCUACAUCAGCCACAGCCGCCGCCGCGAGCUCAACUGCUCCACAAGCGACUGCUCCACCUGCCUGGCCAUGCUGCAGAGCCCCGCCUUCUCCUCCUGCCACGCCUUCGUUCCACCGAGCACAUUCUGUGAGGUUUGGGUUCGCGAUGCAGAGUACGUCAACAACCAGUGUGUGGCGCUGGCUGCCUACGUGGCCUCCUGCCACAAAUUCAACAUCUGCAUUGAGUGGCGGAGGCCAGAUUACUGCCCCUUCGUGUGUCCAGACACUCUGCGGUAUCAGGCCUGUCUGCCGGCCUGCACGUCUCAGUCCUGCCCCAACCACGACUUCGACUCGGACCCGGACCAGUGUUCAGGCCUGACUGAGGGCUGCGUGUGCCCGGAGGGAACGCUCCUCCACCGGCCGUACUCCGCCCUCUGCGUCUCACCUGAGAAGUGCGCCUGCACUGACAGCUCCGGUGUUCCUCGUGCGCACGGCGAGGUCUGGAAAGCCUCGAAGGACGCCUGCUGCAUGUACCGCUGCGAUAACGACACCAUCGUUCCUGUGGAGUACAACUGCUCCAAUAUAUCUGUGCCGGUGUGCCGUCGAGCAGGGGAGGUGAUCAUCAGCCUGGCCGACGACACCAGCUGCUGCCCGCAGAAAGUCUGCGUGUGUAACCAGAGCCUCUGUGACCUGCUCCCUCCGGAGUGUAAAUACGGGGAGAAGCUGGUGUCGUACUACAGACAGGACUCCUGCUGUCCGGACUAUGUGUGUGAGUGCGAUCCUGACCUCUGUGAGUCGGACGUUCCGUCCUGCAGAGACGACCAGACUCUGAUCGCCACCAGAGCCGACGGCAGCUGCUGUCUCGCUCACAUCUGCAUGUGUUCUUCGUGUCCGGAGACGCCUCCUCUCUGCCUGGACGGCGAGGUGCUGACGGUGGACGCUAACACCACAGACCGCUGCUGCCCCGCCUACCAGUGUGUGUGUGAGCCCUACAGGUGUCCUCAGCUUAGUUGUCCUGUUGGGAUGUCGGUGGUGUCUGUGUCCAGUCCAGGUCGCUGCUGUCCCAACCAAACAUGUGACUGUUCCUGUGAAAAGAUCGCCUCCCCAAAAUGUGGCCUGGGAGAGGCGGCCCAGCUGGACCGGACCUCCCUGUACGACCCACAGAACCAGUGUGCCUGCAAAAGAUACAAGUGUGUGCGCGAGGCAGUGUGCGUGUUCGGCGAGCGAGGCGUGUUGCGGCCGGGUCAGACACUGGUGGAGCACGACGACGACGGCUUGUGUCACAGCAGGCAGUGCAGCCGCAGCCUCGACCCGGCGAGCGGCUUCCACCUGCUCCGCACCAGCAGCAUCAACUGCUCCGCCCACUGCCAACCAAACCAGAUCUACGUCCCUCCAAAGGACCAGUCCACGUGCUGCGGCGUUUGUAAGAACAUUUCCUGCCUCUACGAACACGAGAACGGGACCACAGUUCUCUACAAGCCGGGGAAGUCCUGGGUAUCAAACUGCAUGAAGUUCGACUGCGCAGACACUCUGUCCGGACCCACGCUCAUCUCCUACUCCUUCAGCUGCCCACCAUUCAACGAAACAGAGUGUAUGAAGAUUGGUGGAACUGUCGUAAGUUACAUGGACGGAUGCUGCAAGACGUGCAAAGAAGACGGAAAGUCGUGCCAGAAGGUGACGGUGAGGAUGACGAUCAGGAAGAACGACUGUCGCAGCAACAGGCCGGUGAACAUCGUGUCAUGUGACGGGAAGUGUCCGUCUGCCAGCAUCUACAACUACAACAUCAACACGUACGCUCGCUUCUGCAAGUGCUGCAGGGAGACGGGGCUGCAGCGGCGCUCCGUGCAGCUCUACUGCAGCGGCAACGCAACCUGGGUCAGCUACUCCAUCCAGGAGCCCACUGACUGCUCCUGCCAGUGGUCCUAA